GUGUGUGCGCGCGUGUAUGCGCGAGUGAGUGUGUGCGCGGGGGUGCGCGCGCGGGCGGGAGUGGGCGCGCGCGGGGAAAGGCCCGAAAACACCUUAGUUUGCACCGAGAGACCAUUUGCAGCGGAAUCCGAAAGUUUGCAAGAAGAGGAUAGCGCGCGGCGAGCCAAGCGGGCAAGGGGCAGCGGCUGCGGCGCCGGGGACCAUGGUGCUGCCGGCGCCUCCUCCGCGGGCGUGAAGGCGGCACUCCCACUCCCUCCCCGGACUCCGCGGUGUCCCAGGAGCUUUUGCUGACAAUUCCAGUUUCCGAACGAAACAUUUGGGCAAUGGUGAGGGCUUCAAUCCCUUGUCUGAUUUGCUGUCAACCAUGAACGGACGGAUGUGAUGCCUGCUGGCCAGAAGGUGUCUCUCUGUGUGUUGCAGUCCUGUGGCAUUGUGCAUGCCCCCAACCAGUGACCUCCAGACUUUUUAUGGCUGUGAGACACGUUAAAAGUUCAGGGGUAAGAAGUGACCUUUUGAGGUGACUAUAACAGAAGAUUGCUUUACAGAAGCCAAAAAAGGUUUUUGAGUCAUGAUGCAAGAAUCUGGGACUGAGACGAAAAGUAAUGGUUCAGCCAUCCAGAAUGGGUCAAGCGGCGGCAACCACUUAUUAGAGUGCGGCGGCCUCCGGGAAGGGCGGCCCAACGGGGAGACGCCAGCCGUGGACGUGGGGGCGGCCGAUCUGGCCCACGUGCAGCAGCAGCAGGCACUUCAAGUGGCAAGACAGCUUCUUCUCCAGCAGCAGCAGCAGCAGCAAGUUAGUGGAUUAAAGUCUCCCAAGAGGAAUGACAAACAGCCAGCCCUUCAGGUUCCCGUGUCAGUGGCUAUGAUGACACCUCAAGUUAUCACUCCCCAGCAAAUGCAGCAGAUCCUCCAGCAACAAGUGCUGAGCCCUCAGCAGCUCCAGGUUCUCCUCCAGCAGCAGCAGGCCCUCAUGCUUCAGCAGCAGCAGCUUCAAGAGUUUUAUAAAAAACAACAGGAACAGUUGCAGCUUCAACUUUUACAACAACAUGCUGGAAAACAGCCUAAAGAGCAACAGCAGGUGGCUACCCAGCAGUUGGCUUUCCAGCAGCAACUUUUACAGAUGCAGCAGCUACAGCAGCAACACCUUCUGUCUUUGCAGCGCCAAGGCCUUCUAACGAUCCAGCCGGGGCAGCCUGCCCUUCCCCUCCAACCCCUUGCUCAAGGCAUGAUUCCAACAGAACUGCAGCAGCUCUGGAAAGAAGUGACAAGUGCUCAUACGACAGAAGAAACCACGGGCAACAAUCACAGCAGUUUGGAUCUGACCACGACAUGUGUCUCUUCCUCUGCACCGUCCAAGACCUCCUUAAUAAUGAACCCACAUGCCUCUACCAACGGACAGCUGUCAGUCCACACUCCCAAAAGGGAAAGUUUGUCCCAUGAGGAGCAUCCCCAUAGCCAUCCUCUGUAUGGACAUGGCGUAUGCAAGUGGCCUGGCUGUGAAGCAGUGUGUGAAGAUUUCCAAUCAUUUCUAAAACAUCUCAACAGUGAGCAUGCGCUGGACGAUAGAAGUACAGCCCAAUGUAGAGUACAAAUGCAGGUUGUACAGCAGUUAGAGCUACAGCUUGCAAAAGACAAAGAGCGCCUGCAAGCCAUGAUGACCCACCUGCACGUGAAGUCUACGGAACCCAAAACUGCCCCUCAGCCCCUGAAUCUGGUAUCAAGUGUCACGCUCUCCAAGUCUGCAUCAGAGGCUUCUCCACAGAGCUUACCUCAUACUCCUACGACCCCCACUGCCCCCAUCACUCCCGUCACCCAAGGCCCCUCCGUCAUCACCACCACCAGCAUGCACACGGUGGGACCCAUCCGCAGGCGGUACUCAGACAAAUACAACGUGCCCAUCUCUUCAGCAGAUAUUGCGCAGAACCAAGAAUUUUAUAAGAACGCAGAAGUUAGACCACCAUUUACAUAUGCAUCUUUAAUUAGGCAGGCCAUUCUCGAAUCUCCAGAAAAGCAGCUAACACUAAAUGAAAUCUAUAACUGGUUCACACGAAUGUUUGCUUACUUCCGGCGUAACGCUGCCACAUGGAAGAAUGCAGUGCGUCAUAAUCUUAGUCUUCACAAGUGUUUUGUGCGAGUAGAAAACGUUAAAGGGGCAGUAUGGACAGUGGAUGAAGUAGAGUUCCAAAAACGAAGGCCACAAAAGAUCAGUGGUAACCCUUCCCUUAUUAAAAACAUGCAGACCAGCCACGCCUACUGUACACCUCUCAAUGCAGCUUUACAGGCUUCGAUGGCUGAGAACAGUAUACCUCUAUACACUACCGCUUCCAUGGGAAACCCCACUCUGGGCAACCUAGCCAGCGCCAUACGGGAAGAGCUGAACGGGGCGAUGGAGCACACCAACAGCAACGGGAGCGACAGCAGCCCCGGCAGAUCCCCUAUGCAGGCCGUGCAUCCUGUACAUGUCAAAGAAGAGCCCCUGGAUCCAGAGGAAGCUGAAGGGCCGCUAUCCCUAGUGACAACAGCCAACCACAGUCCAGAUUUUGACCACGACAGAGAUUACGAAGACGAACCAGUAAAUGAGGACAUGGAGUGAACAUCUGGGCAGGCCGACCCCAAGAGCGUGAAGAUUGGGGGGGGCACACAAAACAAAAUACGUCAAAAGUUUGCAGUGAAAUCGUUCUCCAUUGGUUGUACAGUCUGGAGGAUUUUUCACUACAUUUUGACAACUCUGCAAUGUGUUAACUCUUAGUGCCAUCAAGAAUCCCAUUUGGGAGUAUUUUUGAUUUUUCUACUUUUUGUUGAAAAAAGGAAUUUGUACUCUGUGCAUUGGAUGGACUUGUUUGGUACUGGGGAUUUUCCUCUCUUAACAGUCAACAUCAGUGUUGUAAAUUUGCUAAACUGAUUCACUUUUAGCAGCAGACUUUGAACUGCAGUCCUGCCGACAUUGGACAAUGAGGACACCCAACUGAGCAUGUGCACCUAAGCUGCAGACCAAGCCUCUGCCCAGAAUUUAAGGAUUCCAAUGGACGACCUAUUUGCACAGUACUGCAUGUUGAUUAUCACUGCCUUUACUCCAUUUUUUUUUUUUUUUUUUUUUUUUUUUGCUUCCAGUUGGGAUGGGGAAGGCCUUUGUGUGUGUAUUGGGGGGAGGGUUUAAAAAUAAUUAUCCCAAACUUUUUAAUGUAUUGCUCUUUUUUUUUUUUUUUUUUUUGGCUUCUCCUAUACCAUUUUAAGUUCUGACCUCAGGCCUCCAUUCGGGCCCACGGCCUCUUGGAGGCUUCAAGUUUUCUGUACCUUGUGAUGAAUGUUAAUAGGUGUUUUUAUUAUACGAAGCUGAAUGUCAUUUCUCGUUCGUAGUUUUCUGUCACUCAUUCCAUGUCCCUUCAGACAUCACCACUGUUUUCUCGAAAGUCAGAAAACAUUCCGUUUUGAUCUUUUGCAAAAAGGUCCCAAAUGCUGCACUCUACACGUGAAGGUCCCUCUCACCCAGACGUGAAGUUCCUGCCAGAAAGAGAAUGAAUGACAGAAAAAAAAAAAAAAAUAGAGACACCCUAGGAACCAUGCAGAUUCAUUCCAUGAAGCAGUAUUGGAAGGUGGGAAGGGGGUUGUUUCAGAUUUUCCUCCUUUCUUUUUUUUUAUGUCGUACCUACCAUCAUUCUUAAUCAAUGCCACAGCAUUUACCAGCACACGGAGACAUAGGCAGCAGCCCCCUUACCCCCAAACCAAAAAAAACCAAAAAACAAACUCUCGCAGUAGUUGGACUGACAGUGGCUGUGGAAGCCCGUCCCUGGGAUGACCUAGUUGAGACGGGCCUCAGGCUCUCGCAGUUGUUAAAACCAGUGUGAGUUGCUUUGUUUGCAAAAUGGCCCAAAAGCUGGCUUCCCUGAGCAACUGUGCUGAAAGUCGUGGCGGCCCCAAACCGAAACAUCCAUUCAGACCUGCUUGGUGGCAUUCGUCUGUUUGAAUGCAAAUUAGAUUUCAGAUUGAACUUGCUAUGCGAGUUAAUGAGAACUGGGUUCAGCAAAUGCUAAAGUGUUAAUUUCCAAUGUGCCGAUUUGGUGUAGCAGCUCAGCAUGUGAGGCAACAUCAUCCCACCAACCCAGUCCCAGAAACCAACAGGAGAAGACAUCAGGCAGAUGGGGGCACAGCUCAGCCCUGGGCUUUUGGGGAAACAUACAUGGCGCACAGAACAUGACAGUCAUGGGUCAGUACAGCCUCAGUCCUUGGAACCCCUGAACGCUUCCACUCUGCACCCCUUUCCUGUCACUCAUUUAUUUACCUAGGAGUGUAGCUUUUGUUUUAGUUUAAGAGCCUUUUGGAGCUUAAUUUAUAUGCUUUGUACCUCUUUUUUUUUUUCCCCUAAAAUUACCAAAGAUAUUCCACAAAGGUAAAUUAUGUUCUCUGUUUUUAUGCUUUAUCUGAUGAAGCCAAAUAUCCUCUUCUUGUUGAUCAAAGGAGGCAAAAUAAUUUAGAGGCAAUUGAUGAGAUAUAGGCUAUUGCUAACUUAAGAGAACUGCUUCUUCAUCAUAGAGGACAUUUAGAAGACCAAGUAGGUAAUGGAACCAAAGUUGUUACUUUUUUUUUUUUUUUUUCAGUCCUCGGUUUUUGUUUUUGUUUUUUCCUUCUGUACCUCUACAGAGACCAAAACGCAUUCUUGUAAAGAGAACUUAUGGGGCUACUGAAGAGAGAAAUAGGACACAGUAUUAAGGGAGCAAUAGAAGGAAGGGAUUACCAUCUCCAAGAAAAAAGACCAAUGUACGGCACAUGAAAUUUAGGGGGUGUCCAGUCCAGGAGACAGCGAAGAUAAAAUGAAGGUAAAAUUCAGAGAGAACAGAACAGCUUCCACAAUUGAACUAGACCGCGUAAUGUAGUAUUUCUAGAAGACAUUUCUUUUUCAAAGAAAGAUUGUAUGCCACUUUUGUUUAAGGACUGUGCUAUGAUCACUGCAUUCAUUUGGGUUUAUCUUGGCAUAUAUAUCCUCUGGGUUUUUUUUUUUUUUUUUUUUAAAGGUUUCCUUUUUUCCUUCCUUUUUUCCGGAUUAGGCUUGCGUCAGCAUUUUUCGUUUAAAAAAAAAAAGUAACAUUCCCGUCCACUCACAAGCUUGGUACAAAAACUUCUCUGGCAGUUACUUUUGAAGCUUCACACUGCUUUCUCUAUAAAGAGCAGUCUGUGGUCACUCGAGACUUACUUUUUUUUUUUCCAACUUUUCCAGGCAGCGUCAUGAUGUGCAGGCAGUAGCCAGACAGGGUCAUGGGAAGGGGGCCCUGUGCUUCUAAACUGAGUGGUUGCUGGUUAGUUUGGUAUUCAAAAGAGGAUAAAAAUCUGGUAGAUUAGUUCAUUCUCAGCAUGUGUAGCUAGACAUGAGUAAAGUUAACAGCAUGAGAAACUGUUAGUACGCAUACCUCAGUUCAAACCUUUAGGGAAUGAUUAAAAA